ACCACUUUGCCCAGAGGCGCCACAAGAGCUGCAAGUCACUAGGUGCUCCAAGUCACUGGGAACAGCACCUCAGGUUAGCGGAAAUCUGGGGAGCGCCAGUCCGGUGGGAGGCUCCCGGAGUGUUUAAGGAGGUGCCUGUGAGUGGAUGUGAGCUAAUGCAUGAAGCUCAACUCAACGUCUGUGAUCGCCAGCGCUGGGGGGAGGUCUACUUCAGCAGCUGAAGAUUCACCCUCCAAACAACGCCUUACCUGCAGCAGCCGAGUGUUCCCCUUCUGGUGGACUGAGGGAGACCUCUCUCUCACCAUUGGCAGAACCAGGAACUUUCUCCAAAAUAAAAAGAAAUCCAUUGUAGCAUCGUUCCUGGAAGCAAAUCCCGGAAGCUGAAAGCUCAUUAAGCAAGAAAAAGUGAAGCGUGUAGAAACCGAAUUCUUGUUUUUGGUGCCGGAGUCCCCGAGGUUUGUGGUCAUUAUUUAGUCGGUGAUCAUUCAUGAGGUUGCACAGCUCGGCCAGCAGCGCGAUGGAUGAAAGCUUGUCUCCGUUUGGGAGCCUGGCCAGGAGUUCGGGGAGCGCCUCUUGCAGGCUCCACAGCAUAGACGCAAUCUUAGGAUUUACCAAAGAAGAUUCCGUUCUCCAUUCGCCCUUCACUUCCCACAGAAACUCCAGGAAUGUGGAGGAAGCGGGGAAAAGCAACGCCCGGGAUUGUUUCAACCGAAUGUCAAACUUGAAGCAUGACCAGGAGAACUCGGAGACUUUGGGUGAUCAUUUCUGUACAAACAGCACUAGCGAAGCUCUCCGUCCUCCGGAUAUUGUGAACAGCAAGCAACAGGAGAAUAAUGUGAUAAACGCGGACCAAGCCAAGAAGAAACACAGGAGGAACCGAACAACAUUCACCACCUACCAGCUUCAUGAGCUUGAGAGGGCCUUUGAGAAAUCCCAUUACCCAGAUGUCUACAGCAGAGAGGAGCUGGCCAUGAAAGUUGACCUUCCUGAGGUUCGGGUGCAGGUAUGGUUUCAGAACAGAAGAGCCAAGUGGAGGAGGCAAGAGAAACUGGAAGCCAGUGUAAUGAAACGUCAAGAUUCACCCAUGCUUUCCUUCAACAGAUCGUCACAAACUUCUACCAUGAGCACUCUGAACAAUAACUUGGCACUGGACCCUUGGCUCACUUCACCAAUAUCCAGCUCAUCCACAUUACAAAGCCUUCCAGGUUUCAUGACCACAACACAAGGCCUACAGAGCAGUUAUACCCCUCCACCUUUCUUGAAUUCCUCAGCCAUGAGCCACAACCUGCAAAGUAUGGGUGCAACUACCUCAACCUUCCAGUGUGGGACACCUUAUGUGGACAAGUUUCCUUUGGAAAAUGCAGAACAAAGAAACUCCAGUAUAGCUUCCCUAAGGAUGAAAGCCAAAGAACACAUCCAAUUCAUUGGGAAAAGUUGGCAGACAAUCUGAGAGAGGUGGUGGAGAUUAUAAAAUGAGAAUUCUAUUAACAAUCCUUAAUUGUUUAAAAUGCUGAUCACAAGUUUUAAAUUGGGAUGUAGAAGGGUCACAUUAAAUGUCAGAGCAUCAGAAAAUUUCAGAACUAUUUUGAAGAACUUAUCUUUAAACAUGUCGUCUUUUUUAUUUUUGUACAUUUGUUGACAGUGUAUUCAUUGUAGCUGCAAUAAAUUUGCUGUGUAGGGCAUGUAGUUUCUUAAAUUAAUACUAAAUGAGCCAUAACUUAGUACUUUAAACCAUUUUAAUAUUUGCAAGGCUUUACAAAAAUAAUCUGAAGAAAAUUUUGCAUUUGACCAUUGAGAUGAUUCACAUCUGACCAAGAUAACACAACUGUUUUCAUAACUAUGGCAAUAAAUGAAUUGUUUAUUAAUAAUAGAAUAUAAGCAUUUUUACAUCUAAGAAAAUAAGGCAUCUAUAUUAUUUCAAUCUAGAAUUUCUUCAUUCCUGAUAACAAUGAAAUAAAGGCUAGCCGUGCACUUGCACUGGUCCAAAUCAUAAAAUCAUUCAGUGGAAUAGAUAAUAAAGAAAGGAGGAUUUUCAUAAUUGAAUUUAUAUAAUUACAUUUUUGACAUUAAGGCUUUUUAUUUCUUAAUGCAUACAUUUGUUUCUUCAGCCUUUCCCCUUGCUCAAUUUAUGGUUGGUUUUAGAUACAGAGAUGUAGAAGUCUUCAAAUACCUGACCAUUUGGUCAAUCUUUGUGUAUAACUCCAGACAGUAUGUGACAACAGCAUCACAAAUAAGCUUCAUCUUAGCCUUUUGUGACAUACACUUUUGAGUAAGGGUCAUUGAAUUGCAAUCAGAUUAAGAACCUUGUCUAUUUUUUUUUCAACUCUUUCUGCCAGGAGUGCUAUGUCCAAUGAUAUAGCUGUUAAUUAAUUACAUUAAGUAAUGCAACCAAAUUGAAACAAACAUGGAACAUUAUGAGUCCAUAUGGCUCAGUAAUAUUCAUGGUAGUGCAUUUAUCUCUAAGGGAAGAAUAAUAGGUACCUAUUAGCAGUUAGAGCAGAAUGUUAUGCAGUAGUUUACUUUCAGGCCACAAAAUGCAGUGAACUUUACAGGAAUUUGUGGUUUAGUAUCAAAUGCUUUUGUGAUCAGAUCAUUUUUUCAUUUCAAAAUGUGGAAAGAAGACUAAAGCAGAGAGAAUAUUAUUAAAAACAAUCUUGCAUGAUUUAAGAUUAAAUUUAUAUUAAUCGUGUGUACAGUUCUAGUUAUCAGGCCACUCUAAUGAGCUACAGAGAUUCAGAAAUCAUGGGGAACAAAAUUCGAUAUUGACAUGGAGAUCUGAAAUGGCCAGUAGUAAAUUGGCCAACUAUCAUAUGAAUGAAGGGACAUGAUUACAAAAUCUACUACUGGCCAUUUUUGUCCACUGCUACAUUUGAAUUACAUGCCACUAAAUGUGAUUCUAUGUCCAUUGUUGGUAAUAUCUGUUAUACAUAAGUUUUAGUUAGUUACAUGUAAGUCAAAUGCAAAUGUUUGCAUUCUUAAUGGUGGUAAUUUCUUAAUACUGUAGAAAAUCUGAAAUUGUUGUCCUGCUUUAAAUUUGGUUACAUCUUGCAACCCAGAUUCAAUUACUAUUAAAUAUUUAUUUUUUACGUUUGGAAAUGUCCAUUGUCUAAUGACACAUCUAAAUUCGUCAGACAAUUGUAAAUAUGUGUACCGUUGUUAAUAGCUAGCUACUUUCACUUGUGUGUUCACUAAUAUAUUAUGUGUGGUCUAUUAAAAAGAACAAAAGAGAGAACUUGCAGUUAUAUAGCACCU